AGCGGCGGUGAUGCCCCGACGGCGACGCCCCAGCCCGCUUCAAACAUCCCUUCAAGCGUGCCCGGCCCGAACAGCUACACGGAUUAUCGUGGCAGCUCGUACCUCGCGAACGCUCGCGACAGCUUAUACCUCGCCAACAUUCUUAGCGGAUCGCAGAGCAGCGCCACCAACGAUGCGGGCGCCGACGACUAUGCCGCCAAUGUGAGAUAUCCAGCUGAUGGCGCUAAUUCAGGCCGCGGCGCUCGCUGCACUUGUAGAGCACCGCAACGCACUUGUGCUGUCGCCCGCGCCGUCGGACCCUUCGACGCCGAGCAGCGCCUCGUCCACCAACUCGGUCGGCGACUCGGACUCGGACAGCAGAGGCCCGACCACUCCCUCCUCCGCCGCCAUCGCCGCAGUCGAUGCCCGCGCCCGCGCCUUUGCGGCCUACAAGACGUACCUCAACAAGCUGAUCGAGGCGCGCCACCGCCUCGCGGUGCUGGUGUACGAGCGCCGCACUCGCGCCGUGCUUGCGCACAAUGCGACGUGGACGCACCACAUCCACCGCGCGGCUGAGGCGGUCGAGGUCGCGCGCAUCGGAUACGAGGCGAUGCGUGUCGAGAUGGAGCAGCAGGGAUUUGUGAUCUAGUUGCGUCAGCAG